AAACCAAACCCGAAUGGACACCCCUCGUUCUAACAAUCUCCAUUCCAUCUCAUAACCUCCCCUGUUUGCAUCUGUUUUGGUGGGCGAUUUGCAGGCUGAACCUCGACGCUAAUGGAGCUCUCGUGGGCUUCCUUCUUGCAAUAAAUAGAUAGAAAGAAGGGGCCAACUUCAAUCAAAUACAGCGAAGCAUUGAAAAGAGACGAGUUAAAAAAGAAAGAAAGUCCCCACUCACUCUGUUUCUCUGACACAAGUGCCCGUGAAGCCCUGCUCCAUCAGCAUAAAUACCAUUCCCCAUUUCACUCAAAUCUUUAGUCUCUUCCAAUCGAAGUCACAGACUCGCCCAAUGCUUUUUACAGACCUCCAUCAUCGUUAUCAUCAUCUUCAUCAUCAUGAUGAUUUCCCAAUUUCAACGGCCCUGAUUCCUUCACCUUCCCCCUCUACCCUCUAUCUCCUUCCUGCUUUAAGACUUCAGUUAGCUCAGCUCUAAAGGAGGAAAAAAGGCUCCAACUUUCAAACUAUCCUCUCAAAAAUCUCCAAAUGGGCAUCUUCCAAUUCUCCCCAGCUCCUCUGUUUCGACUCCUUCUUCUGCUUCUCUCUGUCUCUCCCCUGUUUCUCCCGGGCAUCAAUGGAAAGACACACUGGGGAGAUACAUUAGUUUUGAAGCAGCUGAAAGCCAGUAUUGACCCAAGCUCUGUCACUCCAGGCUCCUGCUUAAGCUCCUGGGAUUUCUCCUCCGACCCCUGCGACUCCCUCUUCAGCGACCGCUUCACCUGCGGCUUCCGCUGCGACAUCGCUGAUGUCGCCGGCGUCAGCCGGGUUACCGAGCUCGCCCUCGACCAGGCCGGUUACUCCUCCGAUUCCCUCGACUCUGUCUCGUGGAACAGAUUGCCUUACCUCCAAACCCUCGACCUCUCCAACAAUUACUUCCAUGGCCCGUUACCCAGCAGCUCGCUCUCCAACCUCACUCGCCUGACCCGGCUCGGCCUCUCGGGUAAUUUCUUCUCCGGCGAGAUACCCGCUUCCUCAAUCGCCUCCCUGACCGGCCUCGAAGAGCUCUACCUCGACCACAACAAUCUCCAGGGAGGAAUCCCUCCCGAAUUCAACGCCCUCGUAGGAUUAAAAAGGCUCGAACUCCAAUCCAACAAUCUCUCCGGUGAGUUCCCCGAGCUGGGUUCUCUCAAAACCCUCUACUUUCUCGAUGCCAGCGACAACCCCGGGAUAAUCGGGAAUUUCCCCGCAAUUUUGCCUCCCAAUUUGGUCCAAAUCUCAAUGAGGAACAACUCGAUUGAAGGGAAAUUGCUCCCCCAGAGCUUCCAAACCCUAACUUACCUCCAAGUCCUGGAUCUGAGCCACAAUCGACUCACCGACUCUGUCCCUCUAAUCCUCUUCAACAGCCCUUCCCUCCAGCAGGUCACUCUGUCCCACAACUCCUUCUCCUCCAUCGAAUCCCCGCCCACCCUCGCAACCCUUCUGCAGAGCGAGCUUAUCGCCGUCGAUCUCAGCAACAACGACCUCCGCGGCUUCCUGCCGUCGUUCAUGGCGAUGAUGCCAAAGCUCUCAGCUUUAUCACUCGAAAACAACAGAUUCACGGGCAUGAUACCGACCCAGUACGCCGUGAAGGCCGUUCUCCCCGGAGCCGGCGUUUCCCCCUUCGCGAGGCUGCUGCUGGGAGGGAAUUACCUGUUCGGACCCAUCCCGGGUCCGCUGAUGGGGCUCCGACCCGGUUCGUCGAACGUGAGCCUGCACGAUAACUGCCUCUACCGCUGCCCGGCGGCGCUGUUCUUCUGCCAGGGCGGCGACCAGAAAUCGCUGGUGGAAUGUAGGAAUUUCAGCCCUGUAAAGGAGGGAGAUUAAAAAUUAAGAAUGGAAUUGGGGCUCCCUCCCAAUUGUUGUACAUUUCUGUCGGGUCUCCUCUGUUUUCUUGCUAAUUGUAGGCUUUGUACUGUAUUAUUCUUUUUUUUUUAAAUUAAUUAUUUUGUUUUUGUUUUGUAAUGUUUGGACGGUUGAGAUUCGAGCUUGGUAGUGCGGGCCUCAUGCUUCUUUUUCCCUGAUUAAGUGAUUAUCGUUUUCCUGAAUUAGUAGGCCCUAGGCUUUGCUGGAUCUCUGACAGGCUCAAUUUUAGGACCACGAGCACGGAGUGGGCCGUUGUGUUGCAGGACAUGGAGGUCUUGGCCCACUGAGUUCUGCUGUGGGCUCAAUUCCCACCACCAAGAUAGACACAAGGUUGUCAGCCCGGUUUAGCGUUGAUUCGGUCGAGCAUGUGGGUUGGUCUCAUAUGAUGGCAUGGGGCGAGGUUGGGGUGGAUUAUCCUAAACUAUGUCUUUCCAAUUUCGAAAUAUCCAAAUGCAUUCCCGCUCCAUACUCAUGCAUGGAGGUUUAGCAAUCUCAUCCCCAUACACGUGGUUUUUGGGUAUCCGUGGUUAAUUUUUCGCCCUACAUAUAUAACUAGAAUUCAACAAAUAGAUAUUUAAUUAUAACACAAAACAGACCUAAUAAAUCACGAAAUCACAA